UCGGCUGCAAGUAGAGUAGAAGAAACCCCCAUUUAUAAACAAAAGCUUGACGCAGAUGCCAUUUCUGCUACAGUGAAACAAAUAUCAAAAGCGGUUUCAUCAUUAAGCUCUACAUUUCAAUUUUCAUUUCUCCAAUUGAUUCUCUCUUCUUCUUAAGUUUAUUCACUUCUGUGGUGGCUUAGCGUAAUCGAUAAAUCCACGAUGGCGACCGCAAUGGUGGAGGAUUCGAGCUUCGAAGACGACCAGCUUGCUUCUAUGACUACCGAGGACAUCCUCAGAGCUUCUCGUCUUCUCGAUAAUGAGAUUCGCAUCCUCAAGGAAGAGUUGCAGAGAACGAAUUUAGAGCUGGAUUCGUAUAAGGAGAAGAUAAAAGAGAAUCAGGAGAAGAUUAAAUUGAACAAGCAGUUGCCUUACCUGGUUGGCAACAUCGUUGAGAUUUUGGAAAUGAACCCAGAAGAUGAAGCUGAGGAAGAUGGUGCAAACAUUGACCUCGACUCUCAAAGAAAGGGUAAAUGCGUUGUGCUGAAAACAUCUACCCGCCAGACUAUUUUUCUUCCCGUUGUUGGUCUUGUUGACCCAGACAAGUUGAAGCCUGGUGAUUUGGUUGGAGUAAACAAAGAUAGCUACCUGAUCUUAGAUACUCUUCCAUCUGAGUAUGAUUCAAGAGUGAAGGCCAUGGAGGUUGAUGAAAAACCAACAGAGGACUACAAUGACAUUGGGGGCUUGGAGAAACAGAUCCAGGAGCUAGUUGAGGCAAUUGUUUUGCCCAUGACUCACAAGGAGCGAUUUCAGAAGUUAGGUAUACGUCCUCCCAAAGGUGUCCUCUUGUAUGGACCUCCUGGAACAGGGAAGACACUGAUGGCCCGAGCUUGUGCUGCACAAACAAAUGCUACUUUUCUAAAAUUGGCAGGCCCGCAACUUGUUCAGAUGUUCAUUGGUGAUGGUGCCAAACUGGUCCGUGAUGCCUUUCAGCUUGCAAAAGAGAAAUCUCCCUGCAUCAUUUUUAUAGAUGAAAUUGACGCAAUAGGCACUAAGCGAUUUGACAGUGAAGUAAGUGGAGAUAGGGAAGUACAGAGGACCAUGUUAGAAUUGCUUAAUCAGCUUGAUGGCUUUAGUAGUGAUGAGAGGAUUAAGGUGAUAGCUGCGACAAAUCGUGCUGAUAUCUUGGAUCCUGCCCUCAUGCGAUCUGGCAGAUUGGAUCGCAAAAUUGAGUUUCCACAUCCAACUGAAGAAGCAAGAGCUCGCAUUUUGCAGAUCCACUCAAGGAAGAUGAAUGUCCAUCCUGAUGUCAAUUUUGAAGAAUUGGCUCGGUCGACGGAUGAUUUCAAUGGGGCACAGCUAAAAGCAGUCUGUGUAGAGGCUGGAAUGCUGGCACUUCGCCGUGAUGCUACUGAGGUGAACCAUGAGGACUUCAAUGAAGGUAUAAUCCAGGUCCAAGCAAAGAAGAAAGCAAGCUUGAACUAUUAUGCAUAAAUUAGAAAGAUGGUUCUCUGUCCAAGCAUAAAGGAAGGCUAAGCUUAUUAUUGUUAUAUUUUUUCAUGCCAGAAAUAGACAUUAAUCCUCUUGUUAUGAUUUGUAUGCAUCUCUUUUAGAACCUCGUUGUAAAAGUUGAAGAUGUAAGAAGUUAUACUUCGCAUUUCUUACA